GCAUCCAGAAAUUUCGGGCCCCGAAACUGCGCCAUGCCCGCGCCCGUAGCUGGAGUGGAUGGAUGUUGGGCAUGCAGCUCGUGCAACAACGUCAACUUUGCCAGCCGCGAUGCCUGCAAUCGUUGUGCAAUGCCCAAGCCGAUGUAUGACAAGACUUGGCCUGCGAUGAGCAAAAACGGACAGGGUCACGGUGGGCCGAAACGCGGCCCUCCUGUUGCGGGUGUCGACGGCAACUGGGAGUGCACAGCCUGCGGCAACGUCAACUUUGCCACUAGGGAUGCUUGCAAUUUAUGCCAAUCGCCAAAGCCGCAGUACCCCGCGACAGUUUCCGGGCAGCCAACAUGGGAGCAGCCAACGCAGAAGCGUGGCCGUCCGGUUGCCGGUGUAGAUGGGAAUUGGGCAUGUGGAAGCUGUGGCAAUGUGAAUUUUGCGCACAGGGACAUGUGCAAUCGUUGCAACAACCCUAAGGAGCUGGCAACCUGGGAGCAGCCACCCGGGGGUCAGCAAACAUGGGAGCAGCCAACGCAGAAGCGUGGCCGUCCGGUUGCCGGUGUAGAUGGGAAUUGGGCAUGUGGAAGCUGUGGCAAUGUGAAUUUUGCGCACAGGGACAUGUGCAAUCGUUGCAACAACCCUAAGGAGCUGGCAACCUGGGAGCAGCCACCCGGUGGUCAGCAAACAUGGGAGCAGCCAAUGCAGAAGCGUGGCCCUCCUGUUGCCGGUGUAGAUGGGAAUUGGGCAUGUGGAAGCUGUGGCAAUGUGAAUUUUGCGCACAGAACCUCCUGCAACCGUUGUGGCAUGUUCAAGCCGGAAGAGAGAAGAGGUGGACGUCCAGUGGCUGGUGUGAACGGCAACUGGGGAUGUGUCAACUGUGGGAACGUGAACUUUCCAGCACGCAACCAGUGCAACCUAUGCAGCGCUCCUAAGCCCCAGGAAUGGGCACCGGGAGGCAAGGGAAUGGGCCACGGUCGACCAAUGCUUGGAGUAGAUGGCAACUGGUUGUGCCCAGCGUGUCAUAACGUGAACUAUGGCAAGCGCAUGUCCUGCAACCGCUGUGGACUCGCCAAACAAAGCGACAAAAGGAAGGCUCCUGUAGCAGGUGAGAAUGGAAACUGGCUAUGUCCAGCCUGCGGCAACGUGAACUUCCCUCAUCGAAGUGACUGCAACCGCUGUGCUGCACAGAAGCCGCCCUUGGACGCCGGUGAGGACAACGAGGGCAACAUGGGAAAGAUGGGAAAGAUGGAGAACUCCGGCAUUGAGGAGGGUGCCCCAGCCAAAAAGAUCAGAACAAGUUGAGAUAGGUUGAGUGCCGGUGUGACGAUUAUGACCCGUGGACACCGCGGCGGAACACCGGCGUGUUCCGCGGCUGGUGAGUUCUCAAAGGAUCCUGAGGCAAACACAUUUCCCCUCCCAAAUCCUCCCAACU